CGCUUUCAUCGUUCAAUCAAGAAUCGAUCGUUGUCAAACAAUCAAGCAUUGCAUUAUUAGGUCACACUCACACCAAAACCGUCGCAACGGUCUGGUAUGGCACAACCCACUACUUAGCGACACAAUCCCGGUCUCUCUGGCUCUGUCAUCAGCGGCGUUAGCAUGUUCGCUCGACCCUAUUAUGUCGGUUCCAUGAGUUAUUGGCCCUCGGUGGCUGCUAGGUUUACGCAACAGCCCCGAAGCCAACAUCUGCAAGCCUCACCUCUCUUGGGCGCUCUUCCUCGACGCAAACAGACCUUCUCUACACAUGCUUCUCUCGCGCAGAAGCAGUCCAGAAAUGGCGAGAAUGCCGAAGAGCAACUCCAGUUCGAGGGUCAAAAGCAGCGAAAGAGGAGCAGCCGGACACCAGCGGCACAGACAUCGCUGCGGCGGGUUGCCGUUGAGGCGCAACGGUCUAAGGACGGAAUCCUAUCGAAAGCCCAACUCAGGGAGCAGGGGUUAUACAAGGUCAAGACAAUCACCGCCUACGCCGUGGCCGAACAAUUCGACAUCCACCAAGUGCGCGAGAUUCUCCAGUUGAAAGGCUAUGAGCCGGACCCCUACGAGACCGGUCUGUAUCCGCAGGUGGUGCACGUGCAGGUGCCGCUGGACUCGAUCCGGCGGGUGAGCAACCCCAACGCGUCGGACCUGGCGCCGGACGAGGUCGGGGAUCUGUUCGUCUUCCCGUCCGGGACGGUGGUGGCGUGGUCGCUGCCGGAGGCGUUCACCUCGUUCCUGGCGACGCGGACGCUGCUGGCGGCCGCGCGGGGCGCCCACGUGGACGAGCUGGAGACGGAGGACCUGGAGUACGUGGAGGAUCCACAGCGGGAGAACAGCAGCAUCAAGGGCGACACGAUCGUGCUGGGGACGAAACCGGCCCCGAGCUUCGGUGCACGGCCGGACAACAACAACAACAACAGCAACAGCAACGACAACAACCCGGGAACGGCCUCGGCGCGGCGGCAGCAGUCGGUGGACACGGUGCUGACCAAGGUGGCCUUCUCGUCCGGGCUGGCGCGGAGCACCAAGCUGGCCGUGCUGGAGUCCCUGCUCUCCAACUACUUCGAGUCCACGCGGCCCAUCCCCACCCUGCUCUCCCAGGGCUCGCGCCUCCCGUUCACCCGCGACUUCAUCCUCCGCAAGACGGGCCAGCUCCUCAGCGUGCGCGCGCAGCUGAACCUCUACUCCGAGCUGACCGAUUCCCUGCCGGACAUCUUCUGGGACAGUCGGCAUGAACUGGGGCUGGAGGGUUAUUAUGAGCAGGUCGGGCGGGCGCUCGACGUGGGCAUCCGCAUCAAGCUGCUGAACGAGAAGAUGGACUACGCCCAGGAGAUCGCCAGUGUGCUGCGGGAGCGGCUCAGCGAGACGCACGGCCUGCGCCUGGAAUGGAUCAUCAUCCUGCUCAUUGCCGUCGAGGUGGGAUUCGAGGUCCUCCGGCUAUGGAAGGAACGCGUCCACGAGCAGGAGAAGGAGAAGGAGAAGGAGAAGCAGCAAUCCAACGAAGCUGGUUCGGACUGAGGGGGCCCAGCAUUGAAAACAAAACCCCCUCAACUCAUGUACUGUACAUACAUUAUGACAAUCCAAC